AUGUCCUUCCAUAUGAGGAUGAAACGGGACGGAUGCUGGACUUGUCGCCUUCGUCGGAAAAAGUGCGAUGGAGCUCGGCCAACAUGUCGCAGCUGUGACUCUUUAGGAGUCACUUGCCACCGUGGCCGUGAGAGGCCAGAUUGGAUGGACGGAGCAGCGAGGCAGAGGGAGAUGACCGAUAGGAUCAGGUCUGAGGUUAGAGAAAGCGCAAGUGCGCGCCGGGAGAGGCGGGCGAGGACGAGAGGCCAGGUGGACUUCAUCGUUAGCUCCGGGCAAGACUACGCGAGCGAGCCGCCGUCACCAGCCACGCCGGUAGCCCCGAGGAGUGAGGAACCAAUCAAUACAACCUUUGAAUCGCAGCAGGUUGGGAGCAAUUCCACCUCGAUAGCAGCGCGGGCUGUCUAUUCCGCGCAAUCUCUUUCCCAGGGGCAUGUUGAGCAGUCCGCGCCGUCGUCUUCCGGCAACGCGCUUGCUUUUCGUGCUUCAGUGUCUGAGGCGACUUCUUCAAUACUAGACCUAGCCGUUAACCAUCCUGGAGCACGCGCCGAGUCCUCGAUUCAGUCCCUGCCUCGAGCCUGGGAACUGGACUUUAUCAUGAUGUACCUGGACUACAUUUUCCCCUUCCUUUUCCCCUUCUACCACCCAUCUUUGGCCAGUACGAGCCGUGCCUGGCUUUUGACCUUUCUGAGACAGAGCGACUCGGUGCUCCACUCGGUUAUAAGCCUGAGCUCCUACUUCUUCACGGUCGGGUUGAACGAGGUCUUCCCAGGCAAGUAUGAGAACUGCAAGAAGAUCGUCUGGGACCAGGUACUCAAGCAAGCGGAUUUGUCUUUCAGCACGGUCCAGAGGGACCUAGAAGAGGCCACCGGCCGACCAGCGCAGGCGACACUCCGGGAAAAGGUGCGGCUCAUGGAGAGCAUCAUCCAGCUACUGAUUUUUGAGACAUUCCUGGGCAGGUCCGUCCACUGGCAGGCGCACCUAACGCCCGCGCUGGCUCUUUUCGAGGAGAUGUUGAAGCAGCACGCCCAGCCACCUUCCGACAAACCGGCAAUGCUGUGCCUCCUGGAGGCGCUGGCUUGGGAGCCGGGGUUCGAUCACAUUUUCGGCCGUCUCAUCUGGAACCCCGACCAGGCCGGCUUCCGGUUCUUCACGGCAGUGCUGGUCUUCGUCGACAUCGUUGCCAGCACGUCUCUCGAGCGAGCCCCGCAGCUCGGCCCCAGUCACUCCAGCCUCUUGGGCGAACUGAAGCCGAACGAGGUCGACGUGCCCAUCGACCUUUCCGCUUUCCUCGGCUGCCAGAACUGGCCGCUCCUCGCGGUCGGGGAAAUCGCAGCCUUGGAUGCGUGGAAGAAGGAGAUGAAACGGGACGGUAGCUUGUCCAUGCCGGAUCUGGUUGAUCGCGCCCGCCAGAUCUCCCAAAAUCUGGCUCGCGGGCUCGAACGACUCGACCAGGGCAUGACAUCGCUUGACGCGGGUUCUCACGGUCUCAUCCAACUCCAGCCGCACUACAGUAUCGUCACGGCAUCGACCGCAAACUCCUCGUUGGUAGCUACUCGAGUGUGGGCCCAUGCCGCGCGAAUCUACCUAACCGUCGUCACGUCGGGGUGGCAGACGUCGAACGCUGAGCUCCGGCAAAGCGUGGCGGAAGUCCUCGCGCUGCUGCAAAGCGUCGAGUCGGCGGCGCAGAUGCGUGCUCUGGCCUGGCCGAUCUGCGUGGCUGGGUGUCUUGCGGAAGCGGGAGAACAGCAGGAGCGGUUCCAGAGCACCAUCGCGGACAUAGGUGACCAACAAACCUUGAACGCGCUUCGCGAGGCCCGGGAAAUCAUGGAAGCGGUCUGGAGGAAUUGUGACUCCUUGGACCGUGAGACUUGGGAUUUGGCGGCAUGUUUUCGAGUUCUUGGAUCCCCGGCACUGUUGGUUUGA